AGGGAGGGCAUCAUAAUGUACUCCGUGUAAGAGAAAGAACCCAUUUUUGCAAUUUGGGCAAUUUCAGUUUUCUCGGUGGCGGUAGACGCGGUGUGACUUCUUCAGCCUUUCCAAUUCCGUUGACGUAAAACGGUGUCGUUUCUGAUCAAAUUCAAUUCUCUUCGCUACGAUCGCUACAUUCUCUCUCUCCCCAUCUCUCUUUUGUACAGACUGAACCCGAGCUGAACUGCAUCUCGCCUAUAAACACAUUUUUGAGGACGAUGCAGCAGCCUGUGCAGCCAAGGCCUUCUGCCAAUGGAUAUGGCCGUCGUAAAGUUGAAAAAGAAGUGGGUACUAGGUUGGAGAGUAAAGUUCAAUCUGGAAAAGCUACUUCCCGUCAAUUUGCUGGUGUAGGUAAAGGGGGAGCAUAUCAAAGCCCGUCACGUGAUCGACUAGUUUAUUUAACUACUUGUCUUGUUGGACAUCAAGUGGAAGUACAAGUGCUGGACGGAUCUGUGUUUUCAGGAAUACUUCAUGCAGCAAACACUGAAAAAGAUUCUGGUAUUAUUCUGAAAAUGGCCCACUUGAUAAAAGAUAGUACAGAGGGAAUGAAGAAUACUUCUGAAACUUUUAGCAAGCCUCCAUCAAAGACUUUAAUAAUCCCGGGUAAAGAGUUUGUGCAAGUUACAGCAAAGGGUGUGCCUGUAACUUUAGAUGGCUUCAGAACAGAAUUCAUGCUGGAAAAGCAGCAGGAACUUUUGACAGAUUCAUGCAUUUCACAAUCUCGGCAUAAUGAGGUAGAGCGGCAGUUGGAACGCUGGGUACCUGAUGAUGAUGCUCCUGAAUGUCCUGAACUAGAUAAUAUAUUUGAUGGCCAUUGGAAUAGGGGCUGGGAUCAAUUUGAAGCCAAUGAAACACUGUUUGGAGUAAAAAGCACAUUUAAUGAGGAACUUUAUACGACAAAGCUUGAGAAAGGUCCUCAGAUGAGUGAGUUGGAAAAAGAAGCUCUAAGAAUAGCUAGAGAAAUUGAGGGUGAGGAUACACGUGAUCUUCAUCUAGCAGAGGAGAGAGGGAUUCAACUUCAUGGGAACCUAGAAGUUGAUGAGGAAACCAGGUUUUCAGCAGUUGUUAGAGAGGUUGAUGAUAGCGGUUAUGAUGACUGUGAGGACAUAUUAUUGGAUUCACGUAAUGACGAAACAUUUCAAGGUGUAUCUAGUACCAUGGGCAAGUUAUCUACUGACAAGAGCAGCAGGAAAAUUAGUGAUGGUGCACAAGUGUCAUCAAGAUCUUCCUCCAUGGAUGAAGUGCAAUCUUCUCAGUUAAGUACCAGCAGGGAUCUCUAUCAGACUUGUUAUGAUGAUCAUUCUAAACAGUCAUCGGCUGAAAUUGUUCCUAAAGGUGCCUCUAUCUUAAACAGGGGACUCAAAGGUCUGUUUAGUGAGCAUGCUGGGGCAAAUUGCAAUAAUGAGAACAGAAGAAAUCAAAUGAUAGCUGAAGAAGCUCAAACGUCAUUACCGGAAGAUUCAAAGUUUUCUUCAAGAAUAAAGAUGGAUACCUCUGAUAGGGGUAGAUUGUCUUCAGACAUCUCCGCAUCGUGUGUUCAUCCAGAGCGCCAGGAUAAGAUCACAAGUUCUUCUAGAGAGAAGUUGGAGGGUGUGGUGUCUUCCAAGAUUCAGGGGACUGCACAAUCUGCUAAUUCUCGUGUGCGACCUAGUAGUUCUGCUCUAUCCGCUUCUGAUGGAACAGGUGCUACCUCAACAUCAGCUGACAAUGGAUUAUCACGAACCUCUUCUAUAAAUUCAUUUUCGUCAGAAAAAUCCACAUUGAAUCCACAUGCUAAGGAAUUUAAACUAAAUCCUAAUGCAAAGAGUUUCACCCCAUCUCAAUCACCUUUGAGACCUGCUUCGCCAGUGUCUGAUAAUUCCUUCUACUAUCCAGCUGGUGUGACUACUGUCCCGCACAUGCAUGGCAUGCCUGUUGGCAUUGGGUAUGGACAGCAGAUGAUGAUUGGUCACCCUCGGCAAGUUGUCUAUAUGCCGAAUUACCCCCCUGAAAUGCCGUUUAAGGGAAGAGAGUAUUAACCAGUUUGCUAACAAUAUCGCGUGGUGGGUUGACCCAAUUUGCUGAUAUAGAAAAUAAUUUCUGACGCUAGAGGUUGUGGAUCAUUUAUUGGUGAACGAGGUUCAGCUGGUUGAUCUCCAAAUGGUUUUGAUUAGAGCUCUUCCUUGUAGUGGAAUUUCACUGAUUCGAAUUGUCAUUAUCACAGAUUUGUAAGCUUUCAAAUUUACAGUCUCUCAUGGAGUUUAUUUACUGAGGUGUUACUUUGGUAUACUUCAUAUUUCUUCUCUUUGAUCUGUAUUCCUGAUAAUGUUUGUUGUUCUAUUUUUUCAGUACUAUUUAGUGGACUUUUUUAGCUA